AUGGCUUCCGAGGUCACAGCCAGGCAAUUCAGUCCUCUGAAACGCUUCAGUCCUCCCGCCGAUUCACUCCGCAAGAUGUCUCGAAAGCAGCACGAAGGCCUGCUGAAGAGAAUGUGCAUGCCUUUCGUGAGGGGACCAGAGGACCGGCAUUACUUCCCCAGUUUUGAAGACAAGGACAGUAAUUCUUUUCUCAAAUCCAAUCCUUACACUCCACCUGAAGAAAAAAAGUACCCUUUCGCUCCACACCGGGACGAUGUGCCCGUCGUUAACACUUUCUCGGGAUUUGUGAGCCCAGGAGCUGACGCGGACCAGAAAAUAACCUCCAGCACAUUUGUCGAAUCUCCUCAGGAUGGCCCAGACGCGCCCCCUCCACAGCAAGCGGCACCGGUCCUGCACAGGAGAGCCCAGACUUCAUGUGGAAGACCUGCAUUGCUGCUGAAAGGGCUCAGUCAAGACCGACGCUGGAACUCCAGAUGGGUGCCGGAAGUUUCUCUCAAGGCACAAGCGGGAAAAUGGAUCAAUCCAGUAAAAGUCACGCCUGCUCCACCUCCAGCCAAAGAAUGUUUCUCACCUUACACCUUUAUAUUUAAUGUGGAGUCGGACACGAAGUCUGGUGACCGGUCCUCUGAAGCCUGCCCGGAUGAGAAAGCCCGGAAGUACAUGUAUACCUCAGCGACACAAAGCGGAUAUGAAGAAGUCCCCUGGGACAGGAUGUUACUACCUAAACCCCCGCUAGAUUCAACUAUAGAAGCAAUGACGGACUGUGUUUCCCAGCGCUGCACCCUGAAACGAUACGAACGAGCGCCCGAAGCAAGCCAGGUUGUCGGAGGGCUCUGGGACAGAUUUCAAACAAGAUCCUUCACUGUACCACCCACGCCAAUUAAUUUUGUCAGCCCGAGUUCUCGAACAGAGCAGAUCCCUUUUUAUACAGGCCACAUCGGUGCCGAGAAUUUUGAGGACGUCGACGACGCUGACGCUGACUUGAUCAUCCGUGGCCGAGUGAGGAUCGCAAAGCCUCGCUACGUGAAAUCGUCUUAUGCUCUCAACACUUCUGGAUACACCGGCAAGGUUCAUUGGUCAGCCACCCAGCCAGCAAAUUCUAAUCUCCCACCAACAUCGCCUUCCACAAUUUCACGAAUGCAUGGGUACAUGAUUAAGCAAGGGCAGCCAACCAAAUUUCCACAUCUGGGGCCCUUGUCGCGGAUUGUGACACCCACUGAACCUCAGAAUUCUUUUAAUAAGAAGGAGAAAGAAAGGAUUAAGAUCUGA